AUGAGCAAAAAGCGCAUAGCUGACCUCCCCCCUCCCCCCCCCUCAGGCACCAUCGUCCACGGCACCAUCUCUUCCGUCUCACCGCAGAUGAACACGGCCCUGCGCACCGUCAAGAUGACCCCCAGAGGCCAAGAUCCCAUCUCCCUCGACACCAUGAACAUUCGAGGCUCCACAAUCCGAUACUUCAUUCUCCCCGACUCUUUGCCCCUCGAUACGCUAUUAAUUGACGACGCACCCAAGCCCAAGAACAAGGCACGCAAGGAGGCCGAGCGGGCCGGACGCGCCGGCCGUGGAGGCAGAGGAGGCCCUAGAGGACGAGGGCGUGGACGCGGUCGUGGAAGAGGUUAA